CCUUAGCAACGCGUAGUUGAACCCGGAAGUACUUAUGACGCUUCGGCUAACCGGCUAAAGUGACAAGUGACAGCCAAGUCUGUCCUGUUUGAAGCUUUAGCUUUAGCUGCCCUUCUUGUAUGUUAAGGACAUGCCGAUUAAUUUGUCUUUAUUUCACGGUCGUGUCGCCAAUGGGGGACGAGUAUAAUCAUGCUUCCCACACAAUCACGUGAAAGGUCAUAGGUGAUGGUAAGUGAUGCAGGGGCUAUGGAAAGUCUACUGAUGAAGACUGAUGAAGAGCAGCAAACCUCUUUUUUCCAAGACAGUUUGUGGCACAAUAACCAGGAAUCAACCCAGAACAAAAAGCUAGCUGUUGGUGGAUUUGUUUUAGUGCAUGCAGGUGCAGGAUACCAUUCGGAAUCAAAGGCCAAGGAGUACAAACAUGUAUGCAAAAGAGCUUGCCAACAAGCUGUGGACCAACUCAAAGCAGGGGCACUUGCAGUUGAAGCAGUGGCUGCAGCACUGGUUGAGCUUGAGGACUCCCCUUUUACAAAUGCUGGCAUGGGCUCCAACCUUAAUUUGUCAGGGGAAAUCGAAUGUGAUGCCAGUAUCAUGGAUGGUAAAUCACUGCAUUAUGGGGCUGUAGGUGCUAUUAGUGGUAUCAAGAACCCCAUCACUGUUGCAAAUCGACUGCUGAGUGAAGCACAAAAAGGGAAACUAUCAGCAGGCAGAAUACCCCCCUGCUUUUUAGUGGGACGGGGUGCACAUGACUGGGCCGUUAGCCACGGUGUCCCACCCUGCCCCUCAGAGAAAAUGGCCACAAAGUUCAGUUUAUCUGCCUACAAGCGGAACAAAAGAAAGAUGGAGGUGGCUGAGAAAAUGGACAUGGGGCAUAAUCAAACAAAGAAGAGACGACAAUCAAGUGGAAACGAAAACGGUCCUGGGUGCCUUGACACUGUUGGAGCUAUUGUGGUUGACAUGCAAGGUAACGUAGCUGCAGCUGUGUCCAGUGGAGGUCUGGCCAUGAAACAUCCAGGCAGGGUUGGCCAGGCUGCUCAUUAUGGAUGUGGCUGUUGGGCUGAAAAUGCAUGUAACAUGAACCCUUACUCUACAGCAGUGAGUACCUCAGGCUGCGGUGAGCAUCUGAUACGCACCAUGCUGGCAAGGGAAUGCUCUUCCGCCAUGCAGUCAGAAGAUGCCCACCAAGCAUUGCUGGAAGCUAUGCAAAACAACUUCAUCAGCUCACCCUUUCUGGCAAGUGAAGAUCGAGUUUUGGGCGGAGUAAUUGUCUUGCGGUGCUGCAGAUGUGCGGAACCUCAGCCAUCUCCAAAUAUUCAGGGUACAUUAGUGGAGUUUCUUUGGAGUCACACUACCGAAAGCAUGUGCGUUGGCUACAUGUCCGCUCAAGAUAGCAAAGCAAAGACGCACAUAUCCAGAUUACCACCCGGGACAGUUCCUGGUCAGUCCUUGGCCAUCGAGGGAGGUGUUUGUCGCCUGACGAGUACGAGGGAUUGAUUCACAUUUCUUUUUUCGUCUUCUAAAGCAAUAUGCUAAACACAACAAGCUUGCGUGUUUGUGCACUUGCAGGACCUGCGCCUGGAUUAUACUUGAUACACCGUUGCCUUGAUGCACCACUUUUCUCUUUUCCACAUUUGCUUUCUUCCUUUUUAGUGUAGAUAAGCUAUAACUACGAGGUCAACAGGGUGAGUUGUUUUGUAUUGCUGCAACGGUGGAGCUAUAUCUCAGCCAAAAUGGAUGUCAAUGCAAAUUGAAGUUUGAAGUGCUUUUUAAGUAUAAAAUAUGGCAUUAUGCACAUGUUUGUAGGAUGGCAUUUACUGCGUAUCUUGAGUGUAGGCUACUGGUGUUACUCGGUCUGUGUAGUCCUGUAUACAUAUAAUCUCAUGAUAUACAAUGAAUAAUCACAUGCUUCUUAGAUAAUGAGCCUUUUACAACUACAAAAUAACUAAAUAGUAUCUACAUAGCACUGCAUGCUACGAAGCCAAUACUAUAUAGCACUCAGGUAGCGGUUCAUAUAUCUACCACGAAGAAUGACUGUUGGCAAACCAUAUAUAAUAAUGCAUAUGUAUAUAGUCACCUAAGAGUGAUGUGUAUUUUGCGGUUCUGAGAGAAAGGGGUAAUCUAAACUUAAAAUUAUGCCUUUUAAAGCCAAUGAGACUUGAAAAUAGCUUAUCUUUUUCCUGACAUUGCAGCAUAAAACCACAUACAAAUACAGAAAAUAAUGUUCACAACUCUCUACAGUGCUCGAUAAGUGAAUAAAUGUUACUUAUGUUUAA